GGGGUCUGAAUUACUUAUGAUAUUCGGUGUGUAAUGUCUUUCUUGCGUUUUUCCACUAAUACCUAUAUGCAUUGUAGUUUCAUAACGUAAAAGCUAACUUGAGUGACAUUGAGCCCUAAACAGUGUUAUAUUUGCAGGUCUUAGUGCUCUAGAAUUUCUUUUACUCUUAUACAUCUGGUGCACAAACCCACCACCGUCUUCUCUUCACGCAGUGCCCGACCCAGAUUGCAUACACUGGACACCUACGUUUCCUCUCUCGAGAACUGCCGGAGGGCGAGGAGCAACUGGCCGGAACCCUGGAGAUCUGCUUCGGGGGAAAAUGGGGAACCAUCUGCGACGACUUCUGGGACAACAAUGACGCCACCGUCGCCUGUAGACAACUCGGGUUUUAUGAUCAAGGUAUAUGCACAUGUACUCCAGUCUUUCAUCACACACCUUUCUGCUAUAUAGGUACGUGUACUGUACCGUUAUAGUACAAACUAGUUUGGGGGUUGCUUUAGGUAUAUAUGUGUCAAAGCAAACAAGUCAACUACAUCCAGGACAACUCUUUUUUUUCAAGAGCUUCUCUGGGUGGGAUUCGAACCCACCACACUACUGUCUAGGCUAGCGCUCUGCAAUAAGUACUUUUUCCCCUCAUCUCCUCUGCUUUAUAUAGUAGCAGUAUUGAGUGUUGCUUCUCAAUCUUCUUCCAGGAGCCAGAGCUGUUCCAAGAGCCAGAUACGGCCAGGGUACCGGCCCCAUCUUCCUGGACGACACUCAGUGCCGUGGCAGCGAGACCAGGAUCGUAGACUGUCGUAGCGACGGGAUUGCCGUCCAUAACUGUGGCCACAGCGAGGAUGCGGGGGCCAUCUGCAAACGUGAGGAACCAACCCUAAUUCAGUUUCUGUGUUGUUCAUAGUGAUUUGUUACAUAAUUCGCCUUUCCUUUAUUAUUUCGUACGGUACUUCAUAUUUUUGUGUCCACCCCCUCCUCUCCUUUCCUCUUUUAUCCUCUCUCCCUUCGUCCUUCUCCUUCCCUCUCCCGUACUUCCCUCCCUCUUCUUCCCACAGCUAUUCCCUGCACCAACGGAACACUGAGACUCAGCGAUGGAUUCAAUCCCAGCAACGGUCGUCUGGAGAUAUGUGUGAACGAAGUCUGGGCCACAGUCUGUGGUACUGGAUUCACUGACGAAAUGGCUGCUGCUGCCUGUACUGGCAUGGGACUCCCCUCUGAUGGGGCGUUCCGAUCUGCUGAGGAGUUGUUUGCCAGUCCCCCCAGUUCCCGUCCAAUCUUCAGCGCGGCUCUCUGUGGACCGGACAAAAACUGCACCUUCUCUGUCGCGACACCUUCCUCUUCGUGUACCCACGAGAACGACAUUGGAGUGUUCUGUCCGGCGGCCGAGGGGACUCCAACUCUCUGUGCCACCGGAGACAUUAGACUGGCCGGUGGCAGUCCAGCCACGUGAGGGACGAGUUGAGAUAUGUAUCAACAACCAGUGGGGGACCAUCUGUGACGACUCGUGGGACGAACGUGGUGUCAAUCUAGUGUGCAGCGCUCUCUACAACGAACAAAUCGUUGGAGAGAUGGUGGAUCCAGAAGAGUUCAGUGGUGUAGAGGACCUCCCUAUCCUGAUGGACGACGUGAAGUGCAGAGGAAUGGAGUCCAACCUUCUCUCAUGUCCUCAACUGCAGCUGAAUGCAUCCCACGACUGCACGCACAUGGAAGACGUCGCCAUCUCCUGCACUGGGACACGGAGAUGUCAAAACGGUGAAAUAGCACUGGCUGGUGGACAGUACGUAUCGGAAGGGACCAUUCAGAUAUGUCUCGAUGGUGUGUGGGGAACAGUGUGCGAUGAUCUGUGGGACCCAACUGAUGCUGGGGUCGUCUGCAAUAUCCUUGGAUAUACCAAUGGAUCAGCUAUUGCCCUGCGUGGAGCCCACUUUGGACAGGGUACGGGACCAAUUCACCUGGACAAUGUCAUCUGUACUGGCAGUGAGACCUCUCUACUGGACUGUCGCUCCUCUCCUCACAACUGUGGCCACUACGAGGAUGCCGGAGUCAUCUGCCCUGCUCCUCAAGAUGCUGAUGCCAACUGUACAAAUGGAGAUAUCCGUCUGGCAGACGGAGAUAACGAGUACCAGGGUCGAGUUGAGGUGUGUCUCCAUGGCAACUGGGGCACAGUGUGUGACGAUGGAUGGGACAAUAGGGAUGCUGGUGUAGUCUGCAAUCAGCUGGGCUAUACUGGUGGCUUUCCGUCUGCUGUGUCUAAUGCUGGAUUUGGUCGCGGGAGUGGACUCAUCUUCCUGGACAAUGUGGAUUGUGAUGGAACAGAACCAAAUCUCCUCCAGUGUAGAGGGAAUGAACCUGGGAACCACAACUGUGGACCUUCUGAGGAUGCCGGUGUUUUCUGCCCUGACCCCACGGCCAACUGUAGUAACGGAGACGUGAGACUGGCAGGAGGUACCACUGAGUAUGAGGGGAGAGUGGAAGUGUGUAUCGGAGGUGCCUGGGGUACUGUGUGUGGCGACUCUCUCUGGGACGACAGAGAAGCCUCCGUGGUCUGCAGACAACUGGGGCUCCCCAAUAAGUAUUCCAUUGCGGUUGGUGAUGCAGCAUUUGGACCAGGUGAAGGCCUAGUGCUCAUACGGAGCAUGCAGUGCAAUGGAUCAGAGUCCGCUCUACUCAACUGCCGCUACUCAACUCCGAGUCCCUUCAGCUUCUUUUGCAGGUCACAUUCAUCUGAUGCCUCUGUCGUCUGUCACGACCCGACCUUCAGGUGUAACUCGACUGAGGUUCGUCUGGGUGGAGGGGCCACCCCUAAUGAAGGGAGGGUGGAGAUAUGUCUGGACAACCACUGGGGGACUCUCUGUGACAAUGGCUGGGACUUACCUGACGCCCAGGUCGUCUGCAGACAGCUUGGCUACAGGCCUGAAGGUGCCAUAACGGCCCGUGCCAGGAGAUAUGGGGAGGGAUUUGGUCGAGUUCAUCUGGACAACCUGAACUGUUCUGGCUCCGAGGAGAGACUGUAUGACUGUCAGCACUCUUCAUUCACUGAAGUCACCUGCUUCUCCUUCGAGUCUGACGUUGGCGUCGUCUGCCCUGUGGGUGAUCCAGUGUGUACCCAUGGAGACCUGAGACUGCAGGAUGGAGACACACUACUGGAGGGUAGAGUGGAGAUAUGUAUUGGAGGAACAUGGGGAUCAGUAUGUGAUGACUUGUGGGACGACCGCGAUGCCGCAGUCGCAUGCAGUCAACUGGGAUUUUCUCGAAUUGGUGCGGAUGCGGCUGGUUAUCGAACCUUCCCAGUGGCCACAGCGGAUGUCCCCAUCCUCCUGGACAACCUCCAGUGUGUGGGAACAGAGAGCAGUCUCCUGGACUGUCGGGCCACUCCUAUCGGUACCCACAACUGUGGACAUCACGAGGAUGCCGGCAUCUACUGUCGACCUCGUCCCUGCAUUGACGGAACACUGAGACUCAACGAUGGAUUCAAUCCCAGCAACGGUCGUCUGGAGAUAUGUGUGAACGAAGUCUGGGCCACAGUCUGUGGUACUGGAUUCACUGAUGAAAUGGCUGCUGCUGCCUGUACUGGCAUGGGACUCCCCUCUGAUGGAGCCUUCAGGUCAGCUGAGGGUCUCUUUGGCAGUCCUUCAUCUGAGGGUCCUUUCUACGUCGUCGACAUACAGUGUCCACCUGCUCGUCCCACAAACUGCACCUUCACCACAGCAACUCCUCCAGGCACAUGUACCCACGAGAACGACGUCGGAGUGUUCUGUCCGGUGGCCGAGGGGACUCCAACUCUCUGUACCACCGGAGACAUUAGACUGGCCGGUACCUUCCGUCCUCAGCAGGGACGAGUUGAGAUAUGUAUCAACAACCAGUGGGGGACCAUCUGUGACGACUCGUGGAACCAACACUCAGUCAACUUUGUGUGCACUUCUCUCUACGACCAAUCUAUUGUUGGAGAGAUGGUGGAUCCAGAGGAGUUCAGUGGUGGAGAGGACCUCCCUAUCCUGAUGGACGACGUGAAGUGCAGAGGAACAGAGUCCAACCUUCUCUCAUGUCCUCAACUGCAGCUGAAUGCAUCCCACGACUGCACCCACAUGGAAGACGUCGCCAUCUCCUGCAAUGGUACUCGGAGGUGUCGAGAUGGUGAAAUAAUGCUGGCUGGUGGGCAGUAUGAAUCAGAAGGGACCAUUCAGAUAUGUAUAGACGAUGUGUGGGGAACAGUGUGCGAUGAUCUGUGGGACCAAACCGACGCUGGGGUCGUCUGCAACGUUCUUGGAUAUACCAAUGGAUCAGCUAUUGCCCUGCGUGGAGCCCACUUUGGAGAGGGUACAGGACCAAUUCACCUGGACAAUGUCAUCUGUACUGGCAGUGAGAACUCUCUACUGGACUGUCGCUACUCUCCUCACAACUGUGGCCACUACGAGGAUGCCGGAGUCAUCUGCCCUGCUCCUCAAGAUGCUGAUACCAACUGUACAAAUGGAGAAGUUCGUCUGGCAGACGGAGAUAACGAGUACCAGGGUCGAGUGGAGGUGUGUCUCCAUGGCAACUGGGGCACAGUGUGUGACGACAGAUGGGACAAUAGGGAUGCUCGUGUCGUCUGCAAUCAGCUGGGCUAUACUGGUGGCGUCCCCUUCAGUGUAACCAGAGCUGGAUUUGGUCGCGGGAGUGGACUCAUCUUCCUGGACAAUGUGGAUUGUGACGGAACAGAACCAAAUCUCCUCCAGUGUAGAGGGAAUGAACCUGGGAACCACAACUGUGGACCUUCUGAGGAUGCCGGUGUUUACUGCCCU